AUGAUUAUACCGAUUCGCUGCUUUACUUGUGGUAAAGUAAUUGGUAACAAGUGGGAAGCUUAUUUGGGACUUUUACAAGCUGAAUAUUCUGAGGGUGACGCGCUUGAUGCAUUAAAUCUGAGACGUUACUGCUGCCGUCGAAUGUUGCUUUCACAUGUGGAUCUUAUUGAAAAGUUGCUGAAUUAUCAUCCUUUGGAGAAAUGA